AUAAAAACUGGUGAUGAAAUUGCAGUUAUUCCUCCAUUGAGUGGUGGUUAAUAAACAUUAGGGGGUAUUUAUCUAAAUUUAUUUUAAGAUGGACCACCUUAAGUUUACUAAUGAAAAAAUAUCCGUGGAAGAGGUUACUGGCCUUGUAAUAUCUCCAUCCUGUGGAGCUGUAUCUGUUUUUAUGGGAACAACAAGAGAUCAUUUUGGUGACAAGCCUGUAGUAAAACUAGAAUAUGAAGCAUACGAACCUAUGGGAAUGAAAGCCUUAAAGCAAAUUUGUUGCGAUAUUAGAGAAGAGUGGAGUUCCGUAGAAAAUAUUGCUAUUUAUCAUAGAUUAGGUGUAGUGCCUGUACAAGAGACGAGUAUAGUGAUAGCAAUAUCUUCUCCACAUCGAGAGGAAGCUAUAAAGGCAACGGAAUGGUGUAUUAAUAGUGUAAAAAAAUUGGUACCUAUUUGGAAAAAGGAGUUUUAUGCAGAUGCAGAUUCCAACUCUCAGUGGAAGGAAAAUAAAGAAUCAUCUCCUUAUCCUCCAAAGCUUAAAAAAAAUAAAUUUGAAUUCCAACAGAAAGUAGAUGUUCCUUAUGUGCCUCCAUAUUUAAUACAAGUUAAUGCUUCUAAGGCAGAAGUAGAUGAGAGGAUUACAAAAUUUAUGGAGCGAAAAAGGACUGAGAUAGAUACUAAUAAUAUAAGAGAAUUUUGUUGUGGUGACAGAAAUUCAGAAUUUACUUGUGCUCGAAUUGAUGCGGUUCUACAAAAGCGGAAGGAUUCUAAAAGUCAUUUGGAAGUUAAUCGGGUGUUAAAUUCUUAUCAGCACAGGGAUCAAACUAACUCAGAUUACUUAAGAAAAUUUAUACCUCCAAAUGGUAUCGAAGAAAGACUACAGAACCUUGAAUGCCAAUUAAGUUUGACAACUGUUGUUCCCAAAAAUAUUUAUAAUCGUUUAAAAUCGUUAGAAGAUCGUUUGCUGUAUUUAGAAUCUGUAUCACCUGAAUAUUUACAAUUUUGGGACAAGACAACUCCAGCAAAAGCAUAUAGAAAGAAAAUAUAUACUAUAGAAGAACUUGAUGAACUUAUAGCUGAAACAGAAAAGAAAAUCAAGGCUGCAUAAAAAGUGGCAUAUCUCUUGUCCUCUUAAGAUGCACAUCACUAUUCAUAGUGAAGAUUGAUAUUGAAGAAUCAGGCUCCUUUAAUGAAGGACAAGAAAUAAUAGUUUUAUGGUCCAAAAUUAGAUAUUUCAAAUCACAGCAUAUUAUUGAAUUAAAAGAACGAUUUGUCCGUUGUUAAUAUGACUCAUUAAAUGUAGUAAAUAAUGCUUUAAAUUUAUGUUUAUUUAUAUGUAUGUACAUUUUGUAUUAAAAAUUGGAUAUUAAA